UCGCCAGGGUUCCCUCCUGGCCGCCCUGCCAUUCCCCGCACAAAAGCCAGUGCGUACCGACGCUUCCCCCACAGCCUGGAGCCGAGCCGCCGUACUUUUCACUCUCUCGCCGUCUCGCGCUCUCCUCCCUCCUCGUUCCCGGGCCUCAGCUCUCAACUCCCAGUUACUUCCUCCUCCUCCUCCUCCUCCCCCUCCCCCUGGCCUCGCCCGCACGCUGCUCGAUCGUCGCCUACCUAGUACCUACCAUACAUACCAUCACACCUACCGCCCCUCUCCUCCACUGCCUCUCUCGCCCGCACCGUCAAACCCCCCCGCGUCCGCGAUCGAGCCCGCGCCGCGCUGCCCGCCCAUCCGAAUCCGAAGCCGCCGGGCGCCUCCUCCCGCCGAAGCGAAGCAGGCCGCCUCGGGCUCUCCGCCACCGCGUCCUCCUCCUUCCGCACUGCGCCGCGGCUGCUGGAUUGUCGUGGAGAUCCACCUGGACCUGUUCCUCCUGCUGAUAUCAGCCAGACUGAUCAGUGGUCAUAUUGAAUACAAAGUUUUCUCGUAUAGCUUUUGUUAGCAUGCAAAAGAUGGUGCCCAUGGGUUUGGAAUGAAGGACUACACUACCUAGAAAUGGAUGAAACACCAACUAGUUCUGGGCGAUCUGAAGCUACUUCAUGUGAACCUAGUUGGUGGCCGCCAGACUUUUUGGAGAAGAUAGAAUCUGUCGCCUUAGCAAGAGAACAAGAAGUUCUGGCUGAAAAAGAAUCGCGAUUCAAUCUGUCAAAUUCGAGGUCCUCAUCCUGGAAGGCUUCUCAGUUACUGUGGUCAACUGGAACUUAUUCAGGGUUUAUUCCAAAUGGUUUCUAUUCUAUCAUCCCGGAUAAAAAGCUGAAGGAGAGUUUCCCAACAAUACCAUCACUAACUGACCUUCAAAGUCUUGAAGCAGAUGGGCUUAAGCCUGAAAUAAUUGUUGUAGAUGCUGAAAAGGAUAAGAAGAUUUUCAUGUUGAAGCAGCUUAGUGGCGCACUUGUGAAAGGAUUGAACAAUCCAGCUCUAGUGAUAAAGAAGAUAGCAGGUUUGGUUUUUGACUGCUUCAAGGGCCAAAACUCUGAUGCAAGUCCAGGAAGAGCUUCAACCGAAGAUACUCACUUCUUUGGAAAUAGAGGACCACAACUUCUUGGGCAGAUAAGGCAUGGAUCAUGCCGACCCCGAGCUAUCCUAUUUAAAGUUCUUGCAGAUGCUGUUGGCCUUGAGAGUAAACUUGUUGUGGGUCUACCUGAUGACGGUGCAGUUGGAUUUGUGGACUCCUACAAACAUAUGUCUGUGGUAGUUCCACUGAAUUCUAUGGAGCUACUAGUUGACCUUAUGCGAUUUCCCGGCCAGUUGAUUCCUUUUUCAGCCAAGGCCAUCUUUAUAUCACAUAUCUCUGCUGCGGGUGAGAGUGAUUCAGCUGAAAAUGACUCGUGUGAUUCUCCCCUGGAGCCCAACAGUCCUCUAUAUGGAUUAUCUGAUAAAGUUGAAGCUGAAGGAAUCGAAGCUUCAUCAAAUCUAUCUGGGCGUUCAUUGCGUAAUACAAUGUUGAGAUCGAGAACAUUCUCAGAGGGGAAAUUAAGCACAUCAUGUAGUGAGCCAAACAUCGCAAAUGCCUUCUGGAGGCGAAGCCAGAGGAGAGGAGUUGCUGAAGAACCUCGUGGUGCUAGUUCAAGUCCUGAGCAUCCGUUAAUGAGGGCCAAGGGAAGAUCUAUACUUGGUGGUGACCGGCAAUCGUUUCAAGAAUACACUGAUAGAGUUACUCUAAGAUCAGAUGAUCAGGGUGUCACUACUACACCUAACCCUCGAAGAAUAAGACGAAGAAGCAUUAGCAUCACACCUGAGAUUGGAGAUGACAUUGUGAGGGCAGUUCGGGCUAUGAAUGAAACACUAAAGCAGAAUCGCCUCCAAAGGGAUCAUGUUAAUGAUGGUUCAUGUUCAUAUACUGGGGCGGACGAAAGCAAUGCAAAUGACUGCCCAAAUAAUGAUGAUAAAUCUGGGAUGAACAAUGGCUUGAGAAACCGAGCUGGUUCUACUCAGAAGGCUAUGUCAUUGCCUACUUCUCCUCAUGACUAUGGGGGCGAAAUUUCUGAAACAAGCAAUAAUUGUGAUUUUAUAAGUGAAGAGAAGAUGGUAUUCGCAUGGAACAGGGUUUUGCAAAGCUCUCCUUUUAAUAAGCCUCUAUCGCCUUUCCAAGAGUGGAACAUAGAUUUCUCUGAGCUUACAAUUGGUACACGGGUUGGAAUUGGAUUCUUUGGAGAGGUUUUCCGUGGUAUAUGGAAUGGCACUGAUGUUGCCAUCAAAGUAUUUCUGGAGCAGGAUCUGACGACUGAAAACAUGGAAGAUUUUUGCAAUGAGAUAUACAUCCUGAGCCGGCUACGGCAUCCAAAUGUAAUAUUGUUCCUUGGGGCAUGCAUGGUACCUCCGCACCUGUCAAUGGUUACUGAAUAUAUGGAAAUGGGAUCACUGUACUAUCUCAUCCAUAUGAGUGGUCAGAAAAAGAAACUCAGCUGGCGCAGGAGGCUGAAAAUUAUUCGUGAUAUAUGCAGGGGAUUGAUGUGCAUACACCGCAUGAAGAUAGUUCACAGGGACCUGAAAAGUGCCAACUGUCUGGUGAACAAGUAUUGGACUGUCAAGAUAUGUGACUUUGGCCUUUCUCGAGCGAUCACAGAUAGUCCUAUGACUGAUAACUCCUCUGCUGGCACACCAGAAUGGAUGGCCCCUGAGCUCAUAAGGAACGAACCCUUCUCAGAAAAAUGUGACAUUUUCAGCCUUGGUGUGAUAAUGUGGGAGCUGUGCACAUUGAGCCGCCCAUGGGAUGGGAUCGGCCCAGUUAAAGUGGUGUACGCAGUUACUGAAGGGUCGCGGCUUGAAAUUCCGGAAGGGCCUCUUGGCAAGUUAAUUGCAGAUUGCUGGGCAGAGCCCCAGGAUCGGCCGAGCUGCCAGGAGAUCCUCGCUCGCUUGCUGGACUGCGAGUACGCUGAUAGCUGAGACGAACCUGGCGAAUGCUUCACUCCCAACCUCCCAGUGCCUUGAGAGGUAGAACCGUUUCUCUGUAUAAAACUUGUAAAAAUCUAGCCUGUUGGUUCUGCAGACCGGCAGGGAUACAUGUAUUGAACUCUUGUAUUUCGGCUGUAUAUCGGUGACCCUUUCUUUAAAAUUUGUAAAGGAAAAUUCUCUCCUUUUAUAGAAGAAUGUCGCAGGGCAAAGCUAGCGUGUCCUCGGAUCUAUCAUUUGCUUUUCUAAGAAAUUGUAGACUGGGUACGUCCGGUUCCGGUGGA